AUGAGAGGAGCUACUUUAUCCAAGAAAGAACAGAAUGUCAUUGGACUUACUGAUGAACAGCUUCGGGCUACUGUAGAAGGUGUUGAUCCUGAAUUAAUUCGAAUAGGACACGAAGUAGUUGCUAGACAGAAGCAAGAGACUUUCUCUCAAGCUUGGAGAAAUCAUUGGGGUGCAGGAAUGUGGAGUUUGUUCUUGAGCUGUGCUUUAUUCAUGGAAGGUUACGACACCGGAUUAAUCAGUACUUUCUAUGGAAUGCCUCAAUUUCAAGCUACUUUUGGUAAACUCCAUAAAGGCAAACUGGUCAUUCCAGCUUCAUAUCAAGGCGCUCUGUUAAAUCUUGGUAAAGUCGGUCAAUUGAUUGGGCUGGUCAUCACCGGUGUAUGUCAAGAGAGAUAUGGGUCAAAGAAGACUUAUAUUUGGGGUAUGGCAGCUAUGACAGCCUCUAUUUUCUUGGCCGUUUUUUCUGUCAACAUCAAUAUGCUUGUCGGCGCAGAGCUCGCCAUGGGCAUUCCUUGGGGAAUGUUCCAAACACUCGCUACCGCCUACGCAGCUGAAAUCUGCCCUAUCAAACUUCGAGGUUACUUGGCUGCUUUCGCCUCUGUCGGCUGGGGUGGCGGAGGCUUCCUUGCUUCCGGCGUACUGAAAGGAGCCUUACAUCUCAAAGGUGAUCUAGCAUGGAAGAUACCAUUUGCUUUACAAUGGGUUUGGCCUGUCCCCCUUGCGUUAGGAUGUUUCUUUGCACCUGAGAGCGCUUGGUGGUUGGUCCGAAAAGGAAGAUUCGACGAUGCCAAAGCAACUCUACUUCGAACGGCCAAGAAAGGGUUCUAUGCGGAAAAUGAAGCCGAAGGUUAUAUUGCCUAUAUGAGACAUACAGAUGCUAUGGAAAAAUUAGAAGCUAAGAACGGAUCAUGGACUGAGCUAUUCAGAAAAGGUGCUCCUUUGAGACGUACCGAGAUUAUGAUCGGUACUUGGUUGGUUCAAGUUUGGAAUGGAAAUAUGAUAACUGGCUUGACUGUUGAGUUCCUCAAACAAGCAGGUAUGAGUACCAAAGAAGCGUUCAAUAUGAAUCUCGUCCUUCAUGCCAUGGGUAUCGUUGGCGUUGGUCUCUCAUGGAUCUUCUUGGGGUAUUUCGGACGAAGACCCAUUUACCUUUCCGGUUUGAUUACCGAAGCAGCUUGUCUUCUACCUAUUGGCAUUCUGGGUUGUAUUACACCUACAACAGCAAGUCUGAAAGCCACUGGCGGAUUCAUGAUUAUGAUCAAUCUGAUCUUUCAUUUUUCCCUUGGUCCAGUGUGUUAUACCAUUGUUGGUGAAUUGCCAGCAUCAAGAUUGAGAAGUAGAGCUAUCGUGAUGGGGAGAUUCACAUAUGUGGUUUGUGCUAUUAUUGGGCAACAGCUCAAUACUCGUAUGGUAGCUGCGGAUGGAUGGAAUCUUAAAGCCAAAUCCGGAUUCUUCUGGCUGGGCUGUAAUGCAGUUUGCAUGCUUUGGGCAUUUUUCAGACUUCCAGAAACGAGUGGCAGAUCAUUCACAGAACUUGAAAUCUUGUUCGCGAAUAGAGUCCCAGCUAGAAAGUUCAAGCACACAGUGGUGAGAGACGAAGCUGCCGAGUAUGGUGUUCAAGGUAAAGAAGCUGUUCACAGAGUUGAAGAUGAAAAGGAAGCAGUUGAAGAUAUCCAAAUCGAAAAUGCUUCUCAUGGUAACAACAAUCGGAAAGCCACACACACCUUGACUUAA